CGGUCAAAAUAAGCCAUCGAGCGCCUCAGUCAGUUACGAAAUGUCGUCGCAGCAGCCUAAUACGUCAACCAGUGCGUCCUCCGUUCGCUCCACCUACAGCAGUGAGAUUCAUUCAAUCAUUCGGUUCCUCACUUUGCGUAACGAAUCGGCGGCCAGUAUCCAUCGCCAGCUCGUAGAAACUUACGGAUCCGAAGUAAUGAAUCGUCAGAAUGUUACCAAGUGGAUUAGGUCGUUUAAAGAAGGCCGUACCGACACUCACGACGAAGAAAGGAAUGGAAGACCGUCUGUUAUUUCAGAAAACCUUGUGCAACAGGUUGAAGAAAAAGUUCGCGAUGAUCGUCGUGUGACUCUUAACACCCUUAAAGAAAAUUUUCCACACGUUUCACGAAGUCUCCUGGGUCUCCAUACCAUGGGAAAUCCUCAUGUAUAUCCCCGCCCCUUAGGCAGGGCAGGGGUUAUGUCGGACUUCUACCGACUAAAAUCCCUGCAGGAUGCCCACCACUCGGACCAUGGUGGGGGGAGUCAAGGGAACUACGGCUGCAAUUUUUAUAACAUAAAAUAAUAAGUUAUAAAAUAAAAUAACGAAAAUAUAUCAGGUUAACAAGUUCAU